AACUACACAUUUUCUAUUUAAGUAUAAAUACUUACAUAAUGUAAUUAUAGUUAAAAAUCAGUGUAUGUUAGUAAACGUAAAGAAAAAAGGCCAGGCUUUCUGUUGCUAGCUGUUAAGAGAGGGUAGUUUUUAUUCAGCUGCCCGCCAUUACUGUUGAGGGCCAGAGCGACGGAGGCGGCGGCAGCAUCUUGUUUUUUUGGUUGUCAAGAAGAUGGCGGCUUCCUGAAAGGCAUGAGAGGAGGUAGCUACUUCUUAACAAACCGAAAUCGCCGGGGUUAACUUCUUAAAAGUCCUCAACACCAAGACGUUUUACAGAAAAAAUAACACGCAAGGUAGGAAAUGUCUUCUCCUGGUUCCACGGGAUCUGGGACCACCGGUUCGGUCCUGCAGCCGCGGUGGAAGCGGGUGUUGGGCUGGUCCGGCCCGGUUCCCCGACCCCGCCACGGACACAGAGCGGUCGCUAUUAAGGAGCUGAUGGUCGUUUUCGGCGGCGGCAAUGAAGGAAUCGUGGACGAACUGCACGUUUAUAACACAGCCACCAACCAGUGGUUUAUCCCAGCGGUGCGCGGUGACAUCCCACCAGGGUGCGCUGCGUAUGGCUUUGUGUGCGAUGGUACUCGACUGCUGGUGUUUGGAGGAAUGGUGGAGUAUGGCAAAUACAGCAACGACCUGUAUGAGCUGCAGGCUAGCAGAUGGGAGUGGAAGAGACUGAAGCCUAAAGCUCCGAAGAAUGGGCCCCCUCCCUGCCCCCGUCUGGGCCACAGCUUCUCCCUGGUGGGAAACAAGUGUUACCUGUUCGGAGGGCUGGCCAAUGACAGCGAGGACCCCAAAAACAACAUUCCCAGAUACCUGAAUGACCUGUACAUCCUGGAGCUGCGUGCUGGCUCCAGUGUGGUGGGCUGGGACAUCCCCAUCACAUACGGAGUGCUUCCGCCUCCCCGCGAGAGCCACACCGCUGUGGUUUACACAGAGAAAACCAGCAAGAAGUCCCGCCUGGUCAUCUACGGGGGCAUGAGCGGCUGUCGCCUGGGAGACCUGUGGACUCUGGAUAUCGACACCCUCACCUGGAACAAGCCUGCCGUCAGCGGCACAGCUCCUCUGCCCCGCAGUCUCCACUCCGCCACCACCAUCACAAACAAAAUGUACGUGUUUGGGGGGUGGGUUCCCCUGGUGAUGGAUGAUGUGAAGGUGGCCACACAUGAAAAGGAGUGGAAGUGCACCAACACGCUGGCCUGCCUGAAUUUGGACACCAUGACAUGGGAGUCAGUUCUGAUGGACACUCUGGAGGAUAACAUCCCGAGAGCCCGGGCAGGGCACUGCUCCGUGGCCAUCAACUCCAGGCUGUACGUUUGGAGCGGCCGCGACGGCUACCGCAAGGCAUGGAACAACCAGGUCUGCUGCAAAGACCUCUGGUACUUGGAAACAGAGAGACCGCCGGCACCGUCCCGGGUCCAGCUGGUCCGCGCCAACACCAACUCGCUGGAGGUGAGCUGGGGCGCCGUGCCCACGGCCGACAGCUACCUGCUGCAGCUGCAGAAGUACGACAUCCCGGCCGCCGCCGCCGCUACCUCCCCGGCCCUCAACACCACGCCCUCGCUGCCUGGCAACUCUCCCAAGAGCCCCGCUCCCGCCACGGCCGCGCCGUCCGCGCAGACCUUGCCGCUGUCCGGCAUCACCCUCGUGCCCCAGGUCGGCUCGCCGACCACCUCCAUGCCCGGCAGCCCGCUGGCUGCCACCACCGCCCGCGGCCCAGCUAUCCUGAAAGUGGCAGCGCCGCACUCCACUGCUGGAACCUCCAUUGUCACUGUGCGCCAGGCCAACCCGGCUGGGAAAUCUCCUGUCACUGUGACGUCACUUCCUGCUGGCGUCCGUAUGGUCGUGCCUGCACAGAGCAGCCAGGGAACGCCAAUCGGUAGCAGUCCUCAGAUGAGUGGCAUGGCCGCCCUGGCUGCGGCUGCAGCAGCCACACAGAAGAUCCCGCCCUCUUCCACGCCUACUGUGCUCAAUGUGCCAGCUGGUGCAACCAUUGUAAAAACGGUGGCCAUGACUCCAGGCUCCACCACUCUGCCAGCCACAGUCAAAGUAGCAUCACCUGUCAUGGUGAGCAACCCGGCCACCCGCAUGCUGAAGACGGCGGCCGCCCAGGUGGGCACGUCGGCCGUCUCCACCCCUAACACGCCCACGCGCCCCAUCAUCACCGUGCACAAGUCCGGCACGGUCACUGUGGCCCAGCAGGCCCAGGUCGUCACCACCGUGGUGGGUGGCGUCACCAAGACCAUCACCCUCGUCAAGAGUCCCAUCGCCAUGGGAGGGAGCGGUACACUGAUCUCCAACCUGGGCAAGGUGAUGUCUGUGGUGCAGACGAAGCCGGUGCAGACCUCCGCCGUGACCGGCCAGGCCUCCACCAGCCCUGUCACCCAGAUCAUACAGGCAAAGGGUCCUCUCCCAGCCGGAACCAUCCUGAAGCUCGUGACCUCCGCGGACGGCAAGCCAACCACCAUCAUCACCACCACCCAGGCCGGCGGCACCGGCAGCAAGCCCACCAUCCUGGGCAUCAGCAGUGUGUCGCCCACCACCACCACCAAGCCUGGCACCACCACCAUCAUCAAGACCAUCCCCAUGUCGGCCAUCAUGACCCAACCCGGAGCCACAGCAGGAGUGACCAGCACCCCAGGGAUGAAGUCUCCCAUCACCAUAAUAACCACCAAGAUGAUGACCUCCGGCACAGGGACUCCUGGCAAAAUCAUCACCGCUAUGCCCAAGCUGGGUGCAGGCCCUGGCCAGCAGGGGGUGACACAGGUGGUUCUGAAGGGGGCACCGGGUCAGCCAGGCACCAUUCUGCGCACUGUGCCCAUGGGUGGAGUUCGCCUGGUUACCCCAGUGACUGUGUCUGCCGUCAAGCCGACUGUAACCACACUUGUUGUCAAGGGAACAACAGGUGUGACAACUCUGGGCACUGUGACGGGCACCGUGUCGACCAGCCUAGCUGGGGGUAGCGUAGCCAGUGCCAAUGCUUCCCUGGCCACUCCCAUCACCACCCUGGGCACCAUCGCCACCCUCUCCAGCCAGGUCAUUAACCCGGCUGCCAUUACGGUGUCCGCAGCCCAGACCAGCCUGACCACAGCCUCCCCGCUGCCCACACCUACAAUCACCAUGCAGUCGGUGAACCAGCCUACCCAGGUGACCCUGAUUACCACCCCCAGCGGUGUGGAGGCCCAGCCUGUCCAGGAUCUGCCAGUGUCCAUCCUGGCCUCUCCCACCUCUGAGCAGCCAUCUGCCACCGUGGCGGAGGCCGGAGCGGGGGACAUCCCCGGCACCGUCACCCUGGUGUGCUCCAACCCGCCGUGUGAGACACACGAGACCGGAACCACCAACACCGCCACCACCGCCUCGGCCAACAUGGGCGUGCAGCGCGUGUGCUCCAACCCACCGUGUGAGACGCACGAGACUGGAACCACCAAUACCGCCACCACCGCCUCAGCCAACAUGGGCGUGCAGCGCGUGUGCUCUAACCCACCGUGCGAGACGCACGAGACCGGAACCACCAACACCGCCACCACCGCCUCCGCCAACAUGGGCGUGCAGCGCGUGUGCUCUAACCCACCGUGCGAGACACACGAGACGGGCACCACCAACACGGCCACCGUGGCGUCCGCCAGCAUGGGCGGUGCGCGGCAGGUGUGCACCAACCCGCCCUCGGAAACCCACGAGACGGCCACCACCAACACGGCCACCACUGCCAGCUCCAACAUGGGCUCUGACCAGAUGGGCACUGUGGAGAGCAAGUCCCAUUCCCCUUCCUCUUCCUCCGCCUCUCCGCCUGCCGCUGCUGCCGCCCCUGCCACGCCUGGAGUCACCGCCGCCCCUGGGGUCCUCCGGCCUGAGAACCUGCGGACGGGCACCACCUACACCCCCACCACGGCGCGCUCCAACAUGGGCUCGGACCAGACGGGCACCGUACAGAGCUCGCAGUCCGUGGGUGGGGCCGCCUGCCCCGUCUCCCAGCUCUCCCAGACGCCGACUGUCUGCUCUAACCCACCCUGCGAGACCCACGAGACAGGCACCACCAACACCCCCACGCAGUCCACCGCCAACAUGAGCGCCGCUCAGACCGGCACCGUGCAGAGGGUCUGCUCCAACCCGCCCUGCGAGACCCACGAAACCGGCACCACCAACACCCCGUCCACAGUCUCCUCCAACAUGGGCGCCAGCCAGACAGGCACCGUGCAGAGGGUCUGCUCCAACCCGCCCUGUGAGACCCACGAAACCGGCACCACCAACACCGCCACCACCGCCACCUGCAGCAUGGAGGGCGGCGAGGGCACAGCUCAGGGUGGUGACGCGACACAGGGAGACAGCACCGCCUCCGAGGUCCCGCCCUCAGAAGCGGCCAAUCCCGCGACAACACAGAGCAGGGCGAUCACGACUGUGACCCAGGCCACGCCCGCCCCCGGACCCUCUGUGCCAUCGAUCUCUUCGAUCACGGAGUCGUCGGGCGUGGGGCGCGAGGACGCCGCCGAGCUGGCCCAGCUGCAGCAGGCUGGGGCCCAGGCCGUCCUGGCGGUGGGCGGCGAAGCCCAGGGCGUGGAGGGCGCCGGCCCGGAGGAGGCGGGCGAGCCCAUGCAGACGGAGUGCCAGGCCGAGCUGGGCGAGGAGGCCGCCGUCGCCGGCGUGGCCAUGGAGGAGGACGCCGGAGUGGGAGAGGCGGCCACCGUGCUGCAGGUCCAGGUGGAACAGCUGCCCACAGCCAUGGAGACCCAGCCCAGCCAAGAGGAGCAGGAGAUGGAGCAGGGUGCAGUGGCCGGCGCUGGCCAGGACCAGGAGCCCCUGACUCUGCCUCAGGAGCUGAUGUCCGAGGGCCAGCCCACCACCCUGAUGGUGACGGGCCUGACCCCGGAGGAGCUGGCGGUGACGGCGGCAGCCGAGGCCGCGGCGCAGGCGGCCGCCACGGAGGAGGCCCAGGCGCUCGCCAUCCAGGCCGUCCUGCAGGCCGCCCAGCAGGCAGUCAUGAGUGAAGGCGACGGGGGACACGACGGCCACCAGCCGACCACGAUCCCCAUCGUGCUAACACAGCAGGAGCUGGCUGCGCUGGUGCAGCAGCAGCAGCAGCUGCAGGAGGCCCAGGCCCAGGCCCAAGCGGCCGCCGCUGCCGCCGCCUCCGCCUCCGCCCAGCAGCAGCAGGCCAACGCCCAGGCCGCCCUGCCCACCGAGGGCCUCGCCCCCGCCGACAGCCUCAACGACCCCGCCUCCGAGAGCAACGGCCACAACGAGAUGGCAGCCGCCGUCACCAGUGCUGUGGCCAGGCUGCUGCCCAGCACUUCAGCGGAGACCCUGGCCCCCUCCAGCACUUUCGCCCCCUCGCAGCCCAUGGUGGUGACCAGCCCUGCCAAGAUGCAGGCCGCCACAGCUCUGGCCGAGGUGGCUAAUGGCAUCGAGUCUGCAACGGGGAAGCAAGGUGCUGCACCAGCCCUGGUGAAGGCGCCCGUGAAGAAAGAGAACCAAUGGUUUGACGUGGGAGUUGUCAAAGUGACAAACAUGGUAGUCACGCACUACUACCUACCGACGGACGACGCGCCUGCUACUGAUGAUGACUCGGGCGCCAUCCCAGACUACAGCCAGAUGAAGAAGGUGGAGCUGCAGCCGGGCACUGCGUACAAGUUCAGAGUGACAGGCAUCAACGCCUGCGGCCGUGGCGCCUUCUCAGAGAUCUCCGCUUUCAAGACCUGCCUGCCGGGCUUCCCCGGAGCACCCUGCGCCAUCAAGAUCAGCAAGAGCCCAGACGGUGCUCACCUGACCUGGGAGCCCCCCUCAGUGACGUCAGGGAAGAUCAUAGAGUACUCGGUGUACCUGGCCAUCCAGAGCGCACAGGCCGGAGAGCAGAAGGCCUCCACCCCGGCCCAGCUGGCCUUCAUGCGCGUGUACUGCGGGCCCAGCCCUUCCUGCCUGGUGCAGUCGUCCAGCCUGUCCAACGCCCACAUCGACUACACCACCAAGCCCGCCAUCAUCUUCCGCAUCGCUGCCCGCAACGAGAAGGGCUACGGCCCCGCCACACAAGUCCGGUGGCUGCAAGAGUCCAGUAAAGAUGGCUCUGCAGCGAAACCCGCCACAAAAAGACCAGUCUCUUCACCUGACGGGAAAGCCACCGGUCCAAAGAAGGCAAGAUCAGACCAGUGAGGGAUCCCCCCUCCCUCUGCCCUUCUUCCUAAUCAGGACUAUGACUGAACCCAUCUUCCCCCGAUCAUCAUCCACCUGACCACCACACACCACACCACACCACAGCCUCAGCUGAAACCAACAACCAUCCAAAAAAUGAAACCACAGCAAAAACAGCAAAAGAAACGAAACCGAGAUUGACGUAAAUUUGAGACAAACAGCCCCUGUCACUGGGCAUUGUGGUGCCAUGGACGCCUUAUCUCAACCUGUAUUUUUUAUUUUAUUUUAUUUUAUUAAUACUGCUUCUUCAUAAGCAAACAGAUGAAAAGCACAUCUUUUUCCUUUGUUUUUCUUGAUAUAUUUUUUUCUGUCAAAUCUAAACUGCAGCAUUCAAGCAAAAAAUUAAUUGCAUUUACUAGUUUGACAUGUAUUCCCCCACCCCUCCCCCACCCUUUUCUGGCUUGUUUUGACACAAGAACAAUGGAUAGAAAUGAUUACAACUUUGCUCGUAGUCGGUUAGCUUUUUUUUUUUUUUUUUUUAAGUCUAAAGUGAAUAAGACGUUGGGUUAGGAGGAUAAGCAGGACAUGAAGCUUCACAUGGGUGGAUACAUCGAAAUGGAAAACAAAUGGCACUUCACACAAAGGGGAUGCUUUCCAGAGGAAACGACUAGCUUCCGUAGAAAAAAAAUCUAACUAGGCAUCAAACUGGACUCCCGUCUCCUUGUUAUGUUGCAUCACUGUGCGCUUGUACCUUGCUGAAAGGGAAGAGCAGAUCAUGGAUGAUCUCACCAAGUGAAAGAAGAAAGGACUUAGGUUUGUGUAGAUUCAGAGACUUAGAGUAGAACUGAGACUUUUGCCGCACAUUAAAACAAAUCUUGUAAAAAAAAAAAAAACUUCCCAAAAAAUUAGCAAGCGGUGAUGCAGAAGUUCUGCGUGUGGUUUAUUUUUGUAUUUUUUAAAGCUUUUUUCCUUGUGUGUAUGUGUGUACUUCAGAGUGCAUUUUUUUAAAACCUCACUUUUUUCAUUUACUCCUUCCUUCCCUGUUUGUUCACGUAGUUUCCGUGUGUUUGUGGGAAGAGGUGGCGGCGUUGAGGGAGCCACAAUCUUUUUUUUUUCUUUUUUUUUUUAAAUCUUGGAUCGAUUAAUUGUUUGUACUUGUUGUAUCAGAGGAAAUUAAAAAGAAAUGACUUUUUGUAUUUGUUUCGAAGAGGAUGGGAAAACAAAACGGGACUGAAUACCCAGGGAGAGAAGAGGAGGGUUUUUUGCUUUGUUUACUUAACUCUUUCAACGCUUGUAUUCUUUAGUGUACGCCAAAACUGGACAUUAAAGGAAAUUUUCGCAGAGAACACACACACAUCCUCCUCUCCUUUCAUUCUCCCUAUAAACCGCCCUUCAUCAGUUCAGUAGUUUCAACACAGUGCAUUUUUAGCUGUUGGGAUUAAGAGGAUUUUUUUUCCUAACUUGUUUUAGAACGUUGCAGGAAAUAAAACGGAUUUUUCUUCCCAAAUUGUGGAGAAAAAUGUCUGCAGAAAAUGUUGAUAAAAGGAUGACUAUUUACAUUAGUUUCGGGGGCUCUGUAUUUUGCAGAUAUGACAGGGGGGUGGAAGUUUGUGUGUAAUGUGACAGAAAUGUUACCAGAAGGAUGACUUGUAUGUCUUUUUGAAUCGGGGUGGUCACUUUUUUUUUGUUUUGGCGGUAGGGAUCGGGUGGGUUACAAGGAUUAUUGGCAUUGCCAGAGUGUGGGCUCAACUGUAAAUUGGUUCCUUCAUAUAGCAAGAAGAAAAAAUCUUGGCUUUUUUAUAAUUAUCUGUAACAAGUUUUUACAUGUUGGUCAUCUCUUGCUUUUUUGUCUUGACAUAUAAAAGAAACAGAAAUAUCUGU